AUGCCCCAUCAAAAGAAAAGACCAAUAGAAUAUGAGUAUGAACUUUACGCUCAACCACAAACUCGUCUCUUCAUUCGUCUCUUCAUUCUUAGAUAUGGAAAAGUAUAUCAAGUUAAUGAUGACAUAACCAAAGACGACCAAAAUCGAAAGCAGGCUGACAUCGAAAGUCGUAUAGGUCAAGCAGCCUUAUACGGUGUAUAUUUCGAUGACACGAACUAUGAUUAUCUUCAACAUUUAAAAUCGAUUGGAGAAGAGGAAGGUGCUAUAUUUAUUGAAGCUCAAUCUAAGGAUAAAGAAAAAAAAAAAAAAGAUCAUCAGCUUGAGUUUGUCGAAGAUCAAAAAGUAUCGAAUCAUCAG